AUGCGCAAGAGCAGAUCUAGAAGCUCAAGCGCACUACAAAGAACACCGUGGAGGCACACUUUCGUCAUGCUAGCCGCUGAAGACGAGGAGGCGGCUAAGGUGGCAGAUGACGAGGAUUACGGGGACAAGGAGCAAGAGGAGGAGGAGGAGGAGGAGGAGGAGGAGGAGGAGGAGGAGGAGGAGGAGGAGGAGGAGGAGGAGGAGGAGGAGGAGGAGGAGGAGGAGGAAGAGGAGGAAGCUGGUUUUGGAGCUUAUCUUUGA